UCUCCUCGGUCUUGUCCUCUACUCCUCUACUCCCUUUCUCCUCCCCUUUUUUAUUUUUGUAAUUUUCUUUUCCGGAGAAAAAAAUAUCAAAAGAGAAAAAAAAAAGGUGAAAAAUUUAGAAAAGCAAAGGAACAGAAUGGAUCCGAUGGAAUCCGUGGACAGCAAUGGCGUCGAGACCACCGUCGUUAACUCUCAUGGAGACCACGGAUGGCAGAAGGUGGUCUACCCGAAGCGCCAGCGGAAGCAGAAGCCGGCGGAUCAGGCGGCCAAUGCAGCCUCCGCCAAGCCCCUCCCCAAUGGAACCUUAGCUAAUGGGGACAACGUCUUUCGCUCCCUCGAGCAGCAGGCUGAGGAGCGGCGCCGCCGGAUCUUCACCGCCCAAUUGGCCGCCGAUGCGGCCGACGGCUCUCUUACAGCGAGAUCCAAACGAUCCGACGCUUACGGCGAUGAUGACUACGAUUACGAUGACAGCGACGCUGAGAUCGCCGCUGGGAAGGAGAAUCUGAAGGCGGACGAAACUAAGAAGCCGAAGCCCAAGAAGGAGAAGAAGCCUAAAGUCACUUUGGCCGAAGCCGCCGCCAAGAUUGUCCCUGCCGAUCUUGCAGCUUUCCUCUUCGAAGCCUCGGAAUCGUAUGCCGCUCAGCCGGAGAUUCAGCUGAUGAGAUUUGCCGAUUACUUUGGGAGAGCACUCUCAGGAGUAACAUCUGCCCAGUUCCCGUGGGUCAAAAUGCUCAAGGAGUCUCCCGUAUCCAAGUUUACUGAUAUCCCACUGUCUCAUAUUCCUGAAGCUGUCUACAAAACAUCAGUCGAUUGGAUCAAUCAGCGCCCCCUUGAAGCCCUUGGUUCCUUUGUAUUGUGGGCUUUCGACUGUAUUCUUGCUGACUUGGCAGGACAACAACCCAGCACCAAGGGCGCUAAGAAGGGUGUACAGCAGACUUCUUCAAAAUCUCAGGUUGCGAUAUUUGUGGCAUUAGCAAUGGUAUUGCGUAGGAAGCCUGAUGCGUUGAUUAAUGUAUUGCCAACUCUGAGGGAGAAUCCAAAGUAUCGGGGGCAUGAUAAGCUUCCAGUUAUAGUUUGGAUGAUGGCUCAGGCCUCCCAAGGUGAUCUAUCUGUAGGCUUGUACUCGUGGGCACACAACUUGUUACCAGUCGUCAGUAGCAAGAGCUGCAAUCCUCAGUCCAGGGAUCUGAUUCUGCAGCUGGUUGAGAGAAUUUUGUCAAACCCGAAAUCCCGGACAAUUCUAGUAAAUGGUGCUGUCAGAAAGGGGGAACGUCUGAUCCCACCUCCUUCAUUUGAGAUCCUAGUGCUCCUUACAUUCCCUUCGUCAUCUACAAGAGUGAAGGCUACAGAGAGGUUUGAGGCUAUAUAUCCCCUGCUUAAGGAGGUGGCUCUUGCUGGUGCUCCUGGGAGCAAGGCAAUGAAACAGGUCACACAGCAAAUAUUCACCUUUGCUCUGAAAGCAGCUGGGGAAGGGAAUGCUGAGCUAUCCAAGGAAGCGGCUGCUCUUGCUAUCUGGUCUCUGACUCAAAACGUUAAUUGCUUCAAGCACUGGGACAAUCUCUAUCAUGACAACCUGGAAGCCAGUGUUGCUAUUCUUAGAAGGUUGAUCGAUGAAUGGGAGAAACAUUCCCCCAAUCUGACCCCAGCUGAUACUCUCAAACAAACUAUAAAGAACUUCAGGCAGAAGAAUGAGAAAGCCCUUGCUGAUGGAGGAGCUGACUCGGCUCACCAGUCCCUCUACAAAGAUGCGGACAAGUGCUGCAAGGUGAUUUCUGGAAGGCUAUCCCGUGGCAAUUGCUGUCUCAAAGCUACGGCCUUUUUCGUCGUUGCAGUGGCGGCUGCAGCUGCUCUGUCAUCCAACACAGAGGCUACAGCCGAGCUGAAGAAUCUGGUGGAGUCCUGGGAUCUGAAGAAACUCACCGGGUCAUUUGCCGCAGUGUCGUGGAACUAAGAGGAAACCGGAUGAUGAUGAAGUAGUAGAGGUAACUUUGGGUAUCAUUGGGGUUAGAGAACACGCAAGCCUUUUUAGCAUCAAGUGUUGAAAAGUUUUGAAAGCUGACCAAAAGUUGGGGAGUGAGGUUUCAUCUUUUAUAAUCACACAGUCGUGGGAGAUCACAGAGAAGGGAUUAUGAGACUGUUGCUAAUUUUCUCGAGGAUAAUGGCGGUUUCUUUAAUCUUUAUUUUUUCUCGUUCCCGAGGAUAAUAAAAUCUUUAUCUGUGGAUGA